GCCUUUAUUAUUCUUUCACCUCCAUCGCCUUCGCCUUGCACACACAUAUGAGCAAUCAACUUGGCGCUGCACGUAGCAAGGUAAAUCUGGAACAUAACUGCGGGUAAUGACGGGGGAUUCGGAAGGAUGCGAGGAUUGGCACGGAGGCGUCCUCCUGUAGCGUUUGAUUUCAAUUUGAUUGAAAUUGUUUGUUCGCUGAUAUUUUAAGCUGAUUAUAUGCAGAGCAUGCUUUGUGCGAUUUCACUUGUUAUCUGACUGCUAACAGAACAUCGGUGGAAAUCUACGAUACAUUUAAUUGCGCUCUUAUAACCUAUUAUUGAAAAUUUGAACAACUUUUGUGAUAAACAAAAGACGCUACAAACACAUUCAAAGUUCAUAAUUCUGCUAAUGGAAGCAAAGAAAGUGCCGUAGCAAGCAGAACUGGAAUGUCUUAGCAAGCAGUAAAGCGACUGCUUUAAAUAUUGUCCAUAGGGUUCCCAGAAUCUGCAUGCAUAAUUAUCUUCCAGAUCUUAAAGAGCUCAAUAUCUGAAAAGCACGAAGAUUAAAAGGGUUUUAUCCCCACUAAAAAAUAAUUCGAAAAUUAAAAGACGCGUCGAGUUUGGUGUUGCCACCUACAAUGUAUUAUAGAGUUACCAGAGUGUCGAGUCACCACAUCACGCUUUUAAGCUAAAAUCAUGGUUUGCCCGCGAAAUCGUGAUUUUGUGUUUCCACUCAAUAGAUACCUAUAUCAUAUCUAGCCAUUAUAACGUGGUUUGUACAUCACAUAAAUACAGUAUUUUGUCAUUAUGCCAUUGGAAACAGUUUCGUAAACUUUUUUCAACCCAACUGUUAAGUAGCUUGGUGGCAAAAAUUUAGGAAAAUAGGUUAAGGAUACAAAAUGCUCUGGUCACACUGCAGAAAGGAAAUAUCGCCAGUCAUAGCACGUGUGUGAAAAGGCAAAGUUGAAAAUUGUGAUUGCACUUGGCAUUAAAGCUUCUUCGAUUUUAGAAAACAUCAGUCCAAUAAAGCAGCAAGAUGAGUACAGUCGCAAGCAACGAUCAGCACGAGGACACCGGUGUGUUGCCGAUGCCCGGCACGGGCAGCCCCAGCUCCCAGAUCCAGCAGGGGGGCAAUGGCGCGAUCGUGCCCAGCUACAAGCGUGCUACUGACGGCGAGCAGAGCGAGGCGCAGGCUUCAGCUAGCUGCACUUCAGUCGCUCUGGGUCCGUCAGGUGUUGCCACCAUUGCCGACGAAGUGAAUGGGUCAUCAUCUGUGAGCAGCCCCGUGCAGCCGUCCUGGAUGUGCUCCGUCGCCAGGUCCCAGGACAAGAAGUGCGGCAUUUGCUUCGAGACGAUCAUGGAGAAGGAGGGAGGAGAUAGGCGUUUCGGCAUCCUGCCCAGCUGCAACCACGUGUUCUGCUUCCAGUGCAUUUCCACAUGGCGUCAGGGCAAGCAGUAUUCCUAUCAAGUGACGCGAACUUGCCCCGAAUGUCGCGUUUGGUCUAACUUUGUAUGUCCCAGUGUGGUUUGGGUGGAGGAAAAGGAGGAGAAGGACCAGCUCAUCAAUGAUUACCUCGCCGCUUUGAGUGCAAAAGACUGCAAGUACUUUAAAAAAGGAAAGGGCGUGUGCCUCUUUGGCAACAAGUGCUUUUACAAGCACGCUUUGCCCGACGGAGAACUCAUCGAUGCGGGAUUGCCGACCUAUGCUCAUUGGCUACCGAUUCCACCUGAUUUUAUGGGGUUAGCCAAUUGGUUUGUUGUCGGUGAUGACAGUAGUUCCGACGACUCCGAUUUAUCGGAUUUCUCGGAUUUCUCGGAUUCCUCGGACGAAAACUAGACUGCAAAAACUGGAGGAGAUAGGAAAAACACCAAGUCGUUUCAGUUGGGUUACAUCACAAUUCACUACUUAAUUCCAAGAAUUUUGAGGCACUUUUUACUUGCAUUCGAUUUCCAUCACGAUUUCACUGAAGAAAUAUUAGUAUCAAUAAAUAAGCAGUAUAAUUACAUUUUGAAAAUAGGUGCGCUGGUCUGGAACCUACAACUGAUAACCUACAAACCUGAGACAUUUAAUAUCAAGAUAUCAAUGCUUUAACAUAACUAUUCCCUUUUGGAGAACUUUCUUUCAAAAUGAAUCUCUAUAAUAUACAAUUACAUUUUGAUACAAUUAAAUAAAGGGGACUAA